CAUCCUUGGGUGUCGGGCUUGAGGCCCGACUUGAUCGAUGGGAGCUUCGGACAGCAAGCCCAAGGAGGGCUCCGGCUCGACCCCGCAGGUUCCCGAAGGACGCAAGUCCAUCGCGCACGAGCCCAACGAGCUCUUCUCUCCUCGCAGGGGCAACGACGAGGCGUCGGGUCCGCUGGCCGAGUCGCUUGGCAACGCGACCCGCCACGGCGUGAGCCCGGGAUCUGGCGGCGCGGCGUACGCCAAGAUCAACCAGGACCGGGGCGUCGCUCACUGGCCCUACAACGGCUCGCACAACGAGGCCCUUUUCUGCGUCUUUGACGGACACGGGCGCAAUGGCGAGAAGGUGAGCGAGUUCUGCGUGAAGGCCAUUCCGGCGGCGCUGCAAGAGGUUGGGGCGGAGCUUCGCGCGGACCCGCCGGCGGUGCUGCACCAGACCGUGAUCGAGGUCGACAAGAAGGUGCUCAAGAAGGACGGCGGAUCCUUCGCCAACAUGUGCGGCACGACGUCGACGAUCGUGUACGUGCAGGGCUCCACCUGCUGGGUGGCGUGCUCGGGCGACUCGCGCGCCGUGAUGGGCUACGUCGAGCGCGGCAGCGUCAAGGCGCGCGACCUGUCCGUCGACAUGAAGCCCGACGCGCCAGGCGAGAAGGAGCGCAUCCUCGCCGCGGGCGGCGAGGUCUCGGUCGGCCGCGGCAACGGUCCGUCGCGCGUCUGGUGCGAUGGGCGGGUGGGUCUGGCCAUGUCGCGCUCGAUCGGGGACGGGGAGUGCAAGAAGUACGGCGUCAUCGCCGACCCGCAGAUCCGCAAGUUCGACAUCGACGUCGACCGCGGCGACCGCUUCAUCAUCUGCGCGUCGGACGGCGUGUGGGAGUUCAUCAGCUCCAAGGAGGCGUGCCAGAUCGUCGCGAAGGAGUCGGCGUCGGCGAGCAAGGCGUGCGCGAGCCUGGUGCAGGCUGCGGCGCAGCGCUGGAAGAAGGCAGAGGGCAACUACCGCGAUGACAUCACCGCGAUCGUCGUCCGUCUCCCCUUCAUCCAGCCCGACGCGGACGAACCGCCAAAGACGCUCGACCAGGUGGGCGUGUCUGGCUCAGUCAGCGGCCGUCUGAGCGGCCACAUCGACCUCGACGGCGGUGUCUAUAUCAACCUGGGCGAGACAGGCCUCGAGCAGAUCGCCGAGGGGCGGCUCUCCACCGCCGGCGCUGGCGGCGGAGGCGGAGGCGACGCCUCGGACUUUGCAAAGCGGCGGCUCUCCGUCGCCGCCAAGCCCGCGGACGACGACGACUGGGAGAAUGGCAGCAGUGGCGAUGACCUGGAGGUGGAAGUGGAGAUGCCCGCGCCCGCAGCGUAGACGGCUGGCCUGUCGGCUGGACAGCGGCUUCAGCGAGGCCCAUUGCGAGGAGAGGAGAGGUUGUGCGCAUCUGCGAGGACGAGUAUGAGCUUGUGAUGCGUCUCACUGUGUUCUGGGGGUCGUCCACUCUUCGUCUGAGGUUGUUCCGCUUUGCCUCGAGUUCGUGUAGCGAGCCUUUGGUGCCUCGUGACGGAGCUCUGCGUGGAGUUGUAGAGGCAAUAAAAAGAAACACAACUCGAAGAGAGAGCGAAUGGCGGGAGUCGAGACGACGGCACGCCGCACCGCGCCGCCGCGGACCCGCCAGGCCGCCGCAGCCGCCGCCCCGCGCGCCCGCCCGCCCGCCCGCGCCGCUGUGCGCUGACGGGGGAAGGCGAGAACGGACGCAGCUGCUAUCCACCCACCGUGGAUCAGACGCACUCAGUGACUGUACAGUGAGUGUGGGCUCCGCAGCAGGAGUGUACACAUGCCCACACCUUACGCUAGUGGCGGCGCUACAGUAGAGAAGAUGCGUCGCCGUUCUCGUCGGCGGGCGCGACGCCCCGCGAAGGGCCAAACCCCGAGCCUCGGCCGAAGCUCUCGGACGAGAGGGCGAUGUCUCCCGAGGCGAGGCUGCGCGCGGAGACCUUUCGCGCCGCGUGGCGCAGCGAGAGCAGCGGGACGCCGUCUGCGGACGGGAGGCACCUCCGUAGCGCGAGGGCGAGCACGCCGCCAGAGACGAGCAGCGCAAAGGAAGCGGCGGCCCCAGGGCCAGGCCGC